GCUUCUUUUGCAACAUCGUUCUACCUAGCAGCUCUACCUACAACCACAAUGUCCUCUCGACCUACCACCCUUGAAGACACCUUCGUGAAUGUUUGGGUCAACAAAGACAACAAGGUCACUGAGGAAGGAUUUUAUGAAGCCUGGUUGAAGCAAGCUUCCGCAAAGCAUCAGCACCCAUCUGCGAUGGGUGCGGAGAUGCUGCGCAAACAAUAUCCUAACCAUUCGAUGGUUCUCACUAACGACUAUACUUUGAACUUCCACAAUUUCCCUUCCGCACAAGUGAAGCCCAUGGAGGACACCCCUCUGAUCGCGAAUCUUCUCUACAUCUCUCUUGGAAACACGGCACCUGUUCCUGGCGUCCUCGUAGAGGCCGUGGAAGUAGGCGCCUUUGACAUGCAGUGGGAGGGCUUGAGUUUUCUCCUGUUCACGGUAAUGUACCCUUCGGGAUUAGGUCGGACCACACAACAUUACUUGCUUCAUAAAGGUCCGGAAACAAAUCUACGGUCUUUGUUAAUGAACGCCGGAAAUUGGGCUUCCAAAUUGCAUAACGAAAUUUGGGUUUUCGACCAAGGGUUCUGGCGUAAGGACUCGGGCCUUUGGUAUGAAAUACAGAAGGCGGAUUGGAAAGAUGUCAUAUUGAAAGAGCAAUUCAAAAAAGCUCUCCAGAGAGAUGUAUAUGGCUUCUUUGAUUCAGAAGAUCUGUACAAAGACCUAGGUAUUCCUUGGAAGCGUGGUUUAAUCAUGCAUGGACCACCAGGAAAUGGAAAAACAAUAAGUUUAAAGGUCAUCAUGAAAACCUGUGAUGCUAAAGGUUACGCUCCCCUCUACGUGAAAUCCUUUCAGAGUUACAUGGGAGAUGAGUACUCUAUGAUCCAGGUUUUCAACAAAGCGCGACAAUUGGCACCUUGCGUCGUAGUUCUGGAAGAUCUAGACAGUCUCAUCACCGACCGUAAUCGCUCCUUUUUCUUGAACCAACUCGAUGGACUAGAAGGGAACGAUGGCUUACUCGUCGUUGGUACUACGAACCACUUUGACCGCUUGGACCCGGGCAUUAGCGCUCGACCUAGCCGUUUCGAUCGUAAAUACCUUUUCGACGAUCCGGAUCGCGAUGAGCGAACACUCUAUGCACAAUAUUGGCAAAACAAACUGAAAAACAAAGACGUUGACUUUCCCAACUCACUUGUGGAUGAGAUUGCGGAAAAUACGACAAGGUUUAGUUUUGCCUACCUCAAGGAAGCGUUUGUGUCGGCACUGGUGAUACUGGCCGGCAUUGAAGAUGACGACAAACCGCCCUUUAGAACAGUCAUUAUGGACCAAAUUGAAAAACUCAAGAAACAAUUGGAUAAACCAGAUGUCUCUCGAAAUCUCGCGAGUCGUCCUCUUCCUGUUAUCAGACAUGCACGUGAGCGACCUCUAGAAGCCGAAGGGGACCUUUGCCAAGCCUUGCGGUCGCUCACUGCAGGGUCAGAAACUGGACCUCCGGCUGAGAUUGCGAGAAGAUGGUUCUCCUCACCUAGUGGUUUCAACCCUCAGGUCAGAGACCCUUCUCAGUUGAAUGUCCAUGGCAGAAAUUUCCGUCACUUGUUUGAUCAAAUUGGUUUACCUAAUGGAAGGCACUUGUAGUAGAAGUAAAAUUUCUGUUUUAGGGAGUUUCAUCUUGUACCAAUAGAAGCGUUGAGAGCAUAAAGGUCAAUUAAACAGCGAGUGGAU